AUGGAAGACCCGAUCGUUUCGACCAUCAGAUACGCUCAGGCGGACAACGAGGCUCUCAUCAAUGAAAAGGCCUACAUCUUGAACUACCCCACCCCUCCCGAGAUACCCAAAAGCAAUUUCACCAUUGACUUCUUUCCCGGAAUCAAAAUUCACAAUCUCCGAACGGCGGGCCUCAACUGGGAUGAGAAUGGCUUGACCAUGGCCAAGCUUCCCAGCUGCAUGCCGAAGGAGGACUUUGACGAUGAGGAGAAGAUAGAGAAAUUCUAUCUCCCAGAAGUGUAUAGCUGUAUUCGCGACACCUUGGGUGCCGAGGAAGUGUGCAUCUUCGACUACAUGAUCAGAAAGCGUGAGCCUGCUUUUCCAUACCAGGCCAAGACAAAAGACAGAGCACCCCAGCCAGCUCUAUCUGCUCACAUUGACUACACGACGGACGAAAUCAAGGGUCGGGUGCAGAAAUACUUCAAGGAGAAGGCGGAGGACUACGGCAAACGGCAUUUCCAAAUCGUCAAUGUGUGGAAGCCACUUGCCGGACCACUGAGAGACUACCCAAUGGCGUAUUGCGACGCCAAGACCAUGGAUCCCAAGACAGAUCUUCUGGCCGUCGAUGAAGUCUUUCCCACGGUUGCAAACGAAGUCUAUCAGGUUCUGCAUAACCCGAACCACAAGUGGUACUAUAUCCCAGACCAACUCGACACGGAAGUAGCCAUAUUCGCGGGCUACGACUCUGAAAAGGGUCAGACUCUCUCAGUACCGCACUGUUCUUUCGACCUGGGAGAUAAUAGUUCAGGGGGACCACGACAGAGCGUUGAAGUCAGAGCCUUUGUCUUUUACAAGGACAAAUGA